AUGGUAACUGCACAGCAGAUUUCUGUGGAACGAACAUCAUCCAGCAACACGGAUCAGCAGACUUCACGACAGCCUGCAGCAAGGCAUGCGCCAUCUGUGUUCUUCAUAGACGCCACACAGCAAGAACUCGAAACUGAUACAAUGACUGGGACUGGGACUACGCCUACGCCUACAGCUCGCACAGGACGGCUAUCACAGCUGACGUUCGGUCACACGAGAAAAAGUUCGCCAUUCACGAAACUUCCGCGCAAGUCCCCUUCGAACGAUACUAUGAAAAAACCUCCCACAGUGAGAACACCAGCAACGUGCAUUGAGCCUGAGCAUCUACCUCGUGCUCCGUAUGGACAUCAUGUCGAGGAACUGCAAGAGAUGAACGCUUCAAGUCAACGACAGAGCCGUGAGGAAGAUUUUGGCACACUUAACAUGGAAAUCAUCUUCGCUACCAAAAACGGAACAACAGAGGAAACUCAUGUCCCAGGGUUACGGAAGAGGUUCGGAAGACGAGGGACAAGAGUCGCCGAUUAA